AUGGACUCAGCUGUCGACGACGAAGCUCAACACCCGCAGAUUUUCGAACGCAACGUCCAGGACUCGUACCAACGGGUGCCCCAGGCAGAACGGCCAGGCACGCUAUCGCGUGCCGGCUCGUUCGCCGGCUCUUUUGCCAGUUCUCGUCGAAACUCGCAACAUCGAGGAUCGUUGUCGUUGUCGAAUGGCGGCUCGCAACCCGCGGUUCAAGCGUCGGGAUCCAUUUCCAACGCCCCUGCCCAUCACACGCUCGAGGACCUGGUCGCUCCCGCCUUGGACGCCUCGGCGUCGAUCGUGACAGACUCCCAAACGGACCUCGAUAACGUGGAAAUGAUUUAUUCCGGUCGUAACUCGACCAUCGGACUGGACCGUGCUUUGGGACGCACACGUACAAACUCAAACUACAAUUUGCCUCAAUUGUCGCGCGCCAAUAGUAACGCCAGUACUGCCAGUGCUGUUAGCAUGGCCAGUGUGAAUUCCAACGCCAGUGACGUGAGCAACUGCAGCAACUGUACAUCCACCACUUCCGAUCGGCCUCGCAUCUUGCGUUUCUAUUCGUACGCAGAUAUGAUCUCGGACGAAAACGCUCAAAAUAGACGGCCCUCCCUUAGUCAAUCGGCUUCCAGUUCAUUACUACGCAGUCAAACUCCGCAACCUGCAUUUUCCAAUCCUUUCCACAACUCCAUUAAUCGUCGGGCUUCUGGCUCGUCUUCUUUGGGACUUGCCGUUCCACCACAGCGUAAUAGUGGAUCACAACUUAGAAGUGCGGCUAGAUCCCCUUCAUCGCGGGUUUCUUCACCAACGUUUGGUCCUUCAAAUAAUUCCGUACCAAGGCCCAAAAACAAAUUCACAAUUGAAAGUAGUGGUAGUGAUUGUUCUACCAGCGAAGGUGAAAAUGAAGAAGAUUCCGAUCAUGAAGCUACGGCAACAUCACCCAACUCACGUUCUGCCAUGUAUGGCGCAACAAAUCCAGCAAGCUCGCAAACGCUUUACAAUACCGUAACGGGACCUCGUUUGACAAGAACAUCUACUCAAAACAGUUUCAAAAAAGUGCGCCCUGUUUACAAGACCCGUACAUGUUCGAAUGCAAGUUCCGUUUCACCUUUUUUGAAUGCAAAUCGGGCUUUAAACACUCAUCCAACUCCUGCGCAAAACAUGAACGAUGUAUUGUAUGAUGACGGCUUACAAACCAACACCGUUAGUGAUGUUUUACGUCAAAAAAUCAGUAAUGCCAGUGGAGUGUGA